CGUAACCCGUCUGCUUUCCCUUCAUUCAUUGUCAGCGGCAGCCGCCGCGGCUGCUGCUGCCGCUUCCUGGAGCCAUUUUCCAGCUAGCUCUGCGCGGCGGGAGCGGCCGGGCUCCAUCCGUUGCAUCGGGCCGCUUGGCUGGCUCGGUUCCCUUCGCACGGCCGCCUCCCGGAGCCGGAGCCCCCCCGGAACCCCCAGCUUGGUCCAUUUCCAGUCGGGCGCGGGCACUGAGCAGCCAAAGCGCCGGGGAGGCCUAGAGGGGUGCGGCGGCGGAGCAACAGGGGUGGGUGGAGACUCCGCUCCGGGUGCCCGAGGAUGCGGAGGGGACUACAGCCGGCCGCCCUGUCGGCAGAGCGGGCCUGCCCUCCCGUAGGCGCGGCAGCGAGCCCCGCCGUGGCAGUCCACCUCCCCGCUCGGGCGUUCAUCCAGAUCCGCAGUAGUUCCGGGGCAACCGUGCUGGGGCCGCCUUGGCUGCACGCCUGCUUCGCCGGGGCUGCCGGCGGCCUGGCGGAGGACGCCCGGGCCGCUGUGGCGGGCACAGGAGGCCCUUCCUGGAGCUGCACUCCCCACGGCCCCGCUGCAGGCCCCGCGCUGCUGCAGCCCGAUGGAGACAGCGGAGGUCGACCCUCGGCAAAACGAAGAUUGGAACUAGGAGAAAGUGGCCAGCAGUUUCUAGCCGAAGGGCUAAGAACGCCAAAGGGGAAAGGGAGAGCUGCAACUAGAAGCCCAGAUAGUCCAAGAACUCCAAAAUCUCCUUCAGAAAAGACACGGUAUGAUACUUCUCUUGGUCUUCUCACAAAGAAGUUUAUCCAGCUACUAAGCCAGUCCCCAGAUGGCGUUGUAGACCUGAACAAAAGCUUUUGGAAAGCAGCAGAGGUCCUUAAAGUACAGAAAAGGAGGAUCUAUGAUAUCACCAAUGUUCUAGAAGGUAUCCACCUCAUUAAGAAGAAAUCCAAAAACAACAUUCAGUGGAUGGGCUGCAGUCUUUCUGAUGAUGGCAGCAUGUUGGCACACUGUCAGAGUUUGUCUAAAGAGGUAACAGAACUCAACCAAGAAGAGAAGAAAUUGGACGAGUUAAUACAAAGCUGUGCCCUUGACCUCAAGCUGCUAAGAGAAGAUUCUGAGAAUCUGAGAUUAGCUUACAUUAGAUAUGAAGAUAUUCGAGAAAUUAGUAGCCUUAAAGACCAAACUGUCAUACUUGUAAAAGCACCUCCAGAAACAAAACUUGAAGUGCCUAACCCAGUAGAGAAUAAACGGAUACAUUUAUCGAGUACCCAAGGACCGAUUGAUGUUUAUCUUUGUCCAGAAGAAACAGACUGUCCAAGUCCAGUAAAAUCACACAGUCAGGACCACAAUGGAAAUAUCUCAAGAAAUGUUUCCAAAGAAGUGACUUCUGAUAAUCCAGGAAGCGUCCACUGUUCAGUUCCUUCAUCGGCCAUCUCCCCGUUGACCUCUCCAACUAACUUUCUGCAGCAGACAGAGGACCAAAUUCCUUCAAACUUUGAAGGGCCGUUUGUAAGCUUGCUGCCUCCUUUACUUCAAGACGACUAUUUACUUAGUCUUGGUGAAGAAGAGGGUAUCUGUGACCUAUUUGAUGCUUAUGAUUUGGAAAAAUUUCCUGUGCUGGUAGAUGAAUUUUUAUGCAGUUGAUUAUUCUUUGUUCCCCAUUAAAACAUUUUUUUUAAUAGAACCAGAACACCCGUUGUCAUUCCCUGUUGCUCUUGAUCCCUUUGCCUCUUAACCAUUGUACCAUUUCAAAAACCGUGUAAACAGUGCUGAGAAAUUUAAAAUAGUCCAAAAACAGAAUUGUGGGCUUUCUUUUCUUAGCUAAUUUCAUCCUAAAUCCCAGUUAGUAAAGAUCUGGCAAAUUUAUUUUUAAAAAAUACAUACAAAUGGAGCAAAUGUAUUAUUCUCGCAGUCUGACUUCUUAGUACUGAAAGCUGCAAGAAGGGCUGAAAAAUGUCACAUGAAGCAAUUCUUCCUUAAUAUUUCAAGCUGUGCCUUGUAUGAAGAGUGCAUGUCUCAGAUCUUCAACUGUAUCUACAGUAAUAAAUACAAGAAUGGGUGAGGUUUUCAGCUGUUUUUUUAAUAAAAUACAAAAAGGUGUGACAUGGGUUUCUUCCAGCCCUUGCUGGAAACGUUUGACUUAUUCUCACUGCUCUGUUUCUGAGUGAAUAUAUUGACUUGGGAGGGAGAGGUAAACCAUUCUUUUUGUGAAAUAUACUUUGAAUGUACUGUGUGUUGCGAUCCUAGGUAAAACACAGAGAUUGCUGUGGUACAACACAGUGCAGGUGGAAUUUUUUUGGGGCGGGGGGGUGGUGGUGGUGGUGGUAGGUCUGCUGCUUGGUGGAAGAGGGAGAAGGCUGAACCCAGACUCUGGAUCAUUUCUUUAGCAGCCGGUUUGUGAGAUCUCACAAACACAGCUCUUGGUUUGGGCUGGGGAAUUUUGUAACAGCUAUUUAUGUGUGACUGUCAUCAAGUUGGGGAUGCUUUGGUAAAAAAAAAAAUGGCUCCUGUGUGCAAGUUACACCUUGGACCAGGAUGACCCCUGUUUUCUCCCUUCCUCCCUCUACAAAUAGUAACUGAAGGUUUUAAAAAUGGCUUGUGAGGAAAUGACUUUUUAAAAAACCCAGUGCACAGUUCAGUUUUACUAUCCUUCGUGUGCAAUAGAGUUGGUACGUAAAGUGUUCUGGUACAAAGUGGGGCUUUGUCUUAAGUGCCUACUGCAGUCACACUGUGGGGCUUUUCCCUCUGAUGGACGUUGUUUUAUGCCAACCUUUACUUGUUCACCACACCGUUUGUUCAGUGGGUUUGUUGCCUCUGCUUCCAGUUCUGGGAGUCGAUAUACAAAGCUGACAUUUCACCCAAAGUAAAAAAACAAAACAAUUUACCUGUUGGUACUUGACGGAGUUUAAUUUAUAACUCUUUGUUAGUAUGACGUGUGCAUUUUCUGAAACGGAUCGUAUUCCUAUGUCUUAAAAUGUUGCCACUUUAAGUAGUUGACUAUCCCAGGCAGUUUGCAUUACUGUGGUUUUUCCCUAUCUGAUGCUUAAUGAAUACAAUGUUUUGUAUGUUGAAAAUCUAUGUGCCGGUUUUCUGGUACCACUGAGAUGCUGCUAAUAGACCCUCUCAAAUGAAAUGGCUGAGUAAUAAUACGUAAGCUGUAUGAGUGAGCCUUGGAAUAUAAUUGUGUAAAAAGGACAGCAGAUUAAGAACUGUUAAACAGUGUUAAGUAUGUUUAUAAUUGUAUAAAACAUGCAUAGUUCAUUAUUUAAUUUGUGUGUUCUUGGCCUUUAGUCAUCUAACAGUUUUGUACAAAUAGGAAUUAAUUUGUAAACCUGGCCAGAAUAUUUUAUAACUGGUUUGUAAUUUCUUGAGACAUUUAAAAUGUACGUCUGUAAAUUAAAAAAAAAGUAUUUAAUUUUUUGUCUUGCAGAAAGUAAAAGUUGUGUGAGCAUGGAUGUUUCUAUGGGAUGAAGGGGGAAGAAUGAAAUGAAGGGCAAAAAAAGUUAUGCUGUUAUAUACAAAUGGCAGACAUUUCCCAAUGUGUGGGGUAAAAUACUAACCUUAAUAUAGCUUUGAAUUGUAUGCUAGCUCUAAAAAAAAUCUCCUGUAAAAUAAUGUAAAAAAAGAAAGAAAAAAUAGCUUUGCAUUUGUAAAGACAACAUGUUCUCUAGCGGUUACCUUGCCCUUUCAUAUAUCUAUAUAUGUAACUGGCAAUUUUUUAUGGUAAACAAUAAAAAGCUUUAUAUCUGUA